AUGGCGCCUAGCCCGGCCCCAUCCGAGAGCACAGCCAAUCAAGACCAACUGUCCGCAUCCCCCGAUGAAUCAUCGACGACCAGCUCCCAUCCGGAGGUGGGCAGCGUUCGCGACGAUCUCGAUGAUCUCGACGACCAGCGAGAGUGGGGGAUCAAGGGCAUCACCGGACACCGAGCCGACCCAGACGACAAUACCCGAGUCCAGCUCAAGAUCGACUGGGAGCCAUCCGAUGGUAAGACAUGGGGCGAGACUUGGGAACCGGAGGCAACAAUACAGCAAGACGCCCCAGACAUGUGGGCCGCCUACACAAAGAAUCAUGACUGCCGAGCUGCACUGGGCGACAACAGCAACAAGUAG